UCUCAUCCCCGUCAUCCCUUUUCUCUGUCACUCGCUCUCUCGGUGCCCCUCACUUACUGACCAGCGGGGAGAUCAGAGAGAGAUCAUGCUGUCUGUACUGGCACUGACGACCGUGGUGCUCACGGGCAUAGUCUCUCAGACCGCAGCUAUAGUUGUGUACACGAGCUGGGAGAGACAUGCUCUGGUGGGCACAGAUAUCAGACUUUCCUGCUCUUUCUUCUCCUGGCAUUGGACUUCUCCAGACGUGACCUUCUCGUGGAGCUACCGUGCAGAUGGGGCUAAAGACAGCAUUGCAAUUUUCCACUAUACAGGUGGAUCCCCUUAUAUGGAUACCAAAGGCCCCUUUAAGGACCGCCUGGAGUUUGUGGGCAACCCUGCUCGCCGUGACGGUUCGAUUGUGAUCCAGAACCUGGACUUAAGUGACAAUGGAACCUUCACCUGUGAUGCCAAGAACCCACCCGACAUAGUGGGUCGCCCCUCCAGUGUUCGUCUGCUGGUGUUUGAGACGGUUCCUGUUCAACCUGGUGUGAUAACAGGAGCGAUUAUUGGCGUAGUGUUGGGACUGCUGAUCCUCAUUGUGGCAAUUUACUAUCUGAUGCGUUUCCUGGUGGCCAGACGAGUGUUCAGCUUGAGCUUGAGCAAACAUGGCAGGAAAGGCAAAGGAAAAGAAGGCUCACCGCAAAAACAGAAACGGAGAGUUCCCCUGGUUUCCUUCUAACCACUCGUUUACCACUUCAAUCUUUUUCUUCCUCCUUUUUCUUUUCUAUAAUGAAACUACCUCCCUUAUUCUGACUCUCCAUAUCUGUUACACUCAUCUGACCAUCCCAGUCUAACCACAAACCCUUUCUUUUUCUUUCUUGUCCUUUUCUCUCUUUUUUCUCUCCCUCUAUAUCUUUAUUUCUCUCUCUCUCACUUUCCUCCCGUAGUGACUCACUCCUCCCCUCUCCACGCUCCCUCUCUCUUUCCAGGCUUCGGUUCUGACAGAUCCGGCCAAGCAGAAGGUGGUGGCAUCAGAGAAGAAGAAACAAGAGUCUCGACGGGAGAAGAAAUAGGGGUUAAGAAGCAGAGAGCUAGAGCUCCAGGGUGGGGCUGCCUCCACCCAGGCCCAAGCCCCGGAGGAGGCAGCGGGGAUGGGCAGACAGGGCAAGGUGCUAAUGACCAUUGAGCUAGAACUCACUAAACAGGAGAGGGAGGAAACACAAACUAAAACAACCAUUGGCCCGUUUUUCUCUAAACUAGUGCGCAAAAUCACUCUCAAAUGAGAGAGAAGGGUGUGAAAAGAGGGGUGGUGGAGAGUUUUGGAGGAGAGGAGUGACAUAUGAAUCCUCAAAGCAGGAGGACAGGAGAAGUCUUUUUUCAUUUUAAUCUCGGCAUGAGUCCAUUCACAUUUAUUCAUUUGUCAAACAACUUACAGUGUGUUCAAGGUAUACAUAUUAUCACUAUGUGUGUCCCCCUGGAAUCGAACCCAAGACCUUGGUGUCGCUAGUGCCAUGUUCUACCAGUUGUGACAUAGGAGCACAUUAAACACAAAGUUUCGGAAAAGACUGCGGGCCUUAGAAUUAGGGCUGUCGUCACAGUAAAUUCCAACCCGGUCUCAUGACUAGUCAUAAUAGUUAGUACAAGAUGGCAAAAUCAUAAGAAAUCGUAAGAGUUGGCUUGUUCAAAAAUUCCCAUAGAGAAAAAUAAACGAAAAAUAACGAAAUUAUGUUAUGUUCCUAAGUUUAAUGACUUACCUAAACUUCAGCAUUAAGUGUAACCCCUUACUCAUACUCUAAACCUGAUGAUGAUUUUAAUAGGAAAAUACAUUUUGGGUACCACGGAAGAAAGAAAACAUUGGAGUUCGGAACUUAAUAAGAGAAGCAUAUUACAGGUUAUUGACAUACAUCAGUCAUUUGUAUUGCAUAAAUAAAAAUGGAAGGAGUAACCAAAUUUGCUCAGUGACGCUGGAUAUUGGAGGCUAUGUCAUACCUGUUUUGUCUCGAUUUGAAAUUCAGUUUGUUGAUUGACUGGACUCUAUGGGAAUAAAUGUCUAACCAUUUCGUACAAGUCAAAUUUAAUGAUAUGUUACGAUUUUGUAGUCUCGUAUGAAUGAUUACAAGUUGUCAUAAGACUAUGUUUGUAAAAUCUCAUCGGUACAUUGUAUAUUAUGUAUCUGUUCUGACCGGCUAUGAAGUUGCUGUGAAAUUUCCACUUUCAGUGAGGAAAGAAACAUUUCUUGCUGCUCUAAAUUUGUAGCAUUUCAUGCCCAGUUAGAAAAUAACACUUCAACUGCAUCACAUAUUCAAACACAAACACACACACACACUUACACUCGUAUUUGUGGGAGCUGUACUGGUGGAAGAAUGGGGAAGCUUUCUCUUGUUAAGUGACAGACUGUUCUGCAGAAUCUCUCGCUUUCACACAGCUGUGACUGCACACAUGCAAUCUAAUUCAAGAACACAAUUUUAGGCACACAUUUUUCACACUCUGUACUAUUUCUAUAGUUGCUUUGGAAACUUUAUAUUACUGUAACUGUCUUUUUUUUCUUGUUCUCUUCCCUCCCUCUGUCUCUCUAUCUCUUGUAUUUUUUUCUGUUUCUCUGUUUUUCUGCAUAUCUUUGUUCUUUCAAUCCUCUAAUCUCUCUUCUUUAUAGUUUUUCUGACACUUGUUUAAUGUUUCACCUAUAAUUCAAUUCUCUCAUCAUUUGAUAUAAUGGUGCUAUAACAUCACUUCCUCUGCCACUGUAGACCGGCCCCUUAAAGUAGCUCCCCUGACCCCCAACACGCUCAUUUACUUGAUGCUAAAUAUAUGAUUUGUAUUUUUAGCCUUGGAAUCACAUAAACACUUCAAACACUGUUAAAAACAUUAUGUAUGUAUGACCAUUUUUCAUCAAAUCUCCAUCAGUUUUCACACACACACAUUAACAGUCCCAUUGUGCAUCCCAUCAUGCAGUUUUAAGUUUAUUUUGACACGUUCCACACUGACUUAAAGAGUCUAUGUGUGUGUGUCUGUGUGUCUAUGUGUGUGUUUAGUCUGACUGCAGUGACUGAAAUCCACUGAAUGACGUCGAUACUGUUGGCAGAGACACACACAAACACACAGAGUGAGAGUUACUGAAAACUCCAAGCCAAAUUCUCACGUCUGUCUGCAUAAGCUGUUGUCUGACAAACAGCUGAUUAUUUUAACAUUCACUUGUAACCAGAGAACACACACACACUGAACUAUGAACUAUGUGAACUAUGAUCCCUUUAAAAAUCUUUCUUUUAUAGUGCCAAUUUCUCUUGACACUUUCCACACAUAUCGUUUAGAAAGGCUCAUCACUCCAUCUCGAGUUAUCUUUUCACUCUCUUUUCCUCCUCUUCUCUAACUGUCACAAAGAUAACACCACCACCACCACCACCUCGGCUAUGAUCGGAUUAGCAUACUACCAUACUGCUUGUACUAUUUCUGCAGUAUAUAGCAUGUAUACUGUGCAUACUAAGCGAAAGCAUGGAAUACCUGGAUGACCUACGACUUAUUUGGCAAAAUGUGCAGUAUACAACCGAGUAUCUUUUUCUUGACUCAUUAUAUGAUCGUGCCACCAAAAGUUAUUUUGUUGAAGAUAUCUUUACACAAACUUUAAUUAAAAAUGCUAAAUAAUCGUAUUUUUACUGGAUGCCACUCCCUAUACAGUAUACAGUAUAUCCUGCACAGUAAGCAGUAGGAUAGUAUCCCAUUUCGAACAUAGCCUUCUUUGCAUGCCCUUUUUAUGCUGGUAAGAAAACACCAAUGCUCUUUACUGCCCCCUGCCACCCACAGGAGAAAAUUCGCAUUCGGCUAUUACGUCGCAAUUGUGGCGAAAAAAAAAAAAAAGCUAAUCUAGCUAGCUCUCUGCUGACUUCGAAAGGUGCGUGUUAUUCACGCGUUUGCAUAUGUAAAGUUUUAGUCCAACGACAUGUCUGUAAUCCUUCCACAUGUUAGGAGAACAAAACAAGAUUAUAGCAAUAUUCGUUAUGUCAUUGUAAGUACAUUUAGUAAUGCUGUGCGGUAGCACCCUGGUACUGUUUGUGUGUUGAAUGCAGAAAUGUAAUAUAAUUUAAUGAUGUUUAAUAUUAUUUCUGCACUUUCUUUUGACUGACAUGGCAGAAUUCAUGUGGUGGUUCUGUUUACAUGCUAAGACCACAGGAAGUUUUGCAAUAAGGACAGAAAGAUAUCGGAAAGUUUUUUGUUUUGUUUUUUUGUGAGGAAAAAAGUGGAAAAACUGGGAGAAAGACUUGGACUGAAUUCAUAUUCAUGUGAAAAGCCCAGCCAAAAUCCAAUAAACUUCUCAAUUUCACAGGUUAUGGCUUUCUUUCCAAGUCUUCAUGUCUGUGCAUGUCAGCACAGAGCCAGAGAGGGUUUCAUCUGAAAUGCUAAGAAAAACUGUAGCGUUGCAAGGGAUUGAGGGAAAUUAUAUGUUUGUUAGCCUACACCGAUGCUUUUUAUGCAUCUCAAAGUAAAUGUUGAACAGCCACAUGGUACCUGCCAUUAAACUGUGUUUAAAUAUCGGGGAAUUCCCAUGUUGUAUGUAUUAUGCACCUGUAUUGGUGCAGGUCUGAGUAACCAUUCUCUCUUUAAAAUCCAUUUACAAUUUCUAAUUAUUUUUACUUUUAUGUUGACUUUAACCUAUCUAACUGUGGUUUUCUGUAAAAUGCAUUGUAAAAAGAAAGUAUAUCUCAAGUUCAGAUUUUAGAAAAGAGUCAAUAAAAAUCAGAUCCCUUGUGUGUGUUUGUGUGUGUGUGCAAUGGAUUA